AUGGGGGAGAACGACGCGGCGCUCCGGCCCGGCGGCAGGGGGCUCUCGGACCCGUGGGCGGACUCGGUGGGGGUGCGACCCCGCACCACCGAGCGCCACAUCACGGUGCACAAGCGGCUCGUGCUGGCCUUCGCCGUGUCCAUCGUGGCGCUGCUGGCGGUCACGAUGCUCGCGGUGCUGCUCAGCCUGCGCUUCGACGGGUGCGGGGCCAGCGCGGACGGCGGCCCCGCCGGCUUCCCGCCGCGCGGCGGGGGCAACGGGAGCCUCCCGGGCUCUGCCCGGCGCACCCCCCCGGCCGGCGGGGACUCCUCGCCCGCCUCCGGGGAGACCACCCCGGGGACCCCGUCCGCCCAGCCGCCGGCGCCGUCGGAGGAGGAGCAGGAGGAGCCUGGGCAGCCCUGGACGCAGCUGCGCCUGUCCGGCCACCUCAAGCCGCUGCACUACAACCUGAUGCUCACCGCCUUCAUGGAGAACUUCACCUUCGCCGGCGAGGUCAACGUGGAGAUCGCGUGCCGGAACGCCACCCGCUACGUGGUGCUGCACGCCUCCCGCGUGGCCGUGGAGAGGGUGCAGGUGGCCGAGGACCGCGCGGCCGGGGCCGUGCCCGUGGCCGGCUUCUUCCUCUACCCGCAGACCCAGGUGCUGGUGGUGGUGCUCAACCGGAGCCUGGACGCGCAGAGGAACUACAACCUGAAGAUCAUCUACAGCGCCCUGAUCGAGAACGAGCUGCUGGGCUUCUUCCGCAGCUCCUACGUGCUGCACGGGGAGCGAAGAUUCCUUGGUGUUACUCAGUUUUCGCCUACACAUGCCAGAAAAGCAUUUCCUUGUUUUGAUGAGCCCAUCUACAAGGCAACUUUUAAAAUCAGCAUCAAGCAUCAAGCAACCUACUUAUCUUUAUCCAACAUGCCAGUGGAAACUUCCGUGUUUGAGGAAGAUGGAUGGGUGACGGAUCAUUUUUCACAGACCCCUCUCAUGUCCACAUAUUACCUAGCCUGGGCUAUUUGCAACUUCACAUACAGAGAAACUAUCACCAAGAGUGGGGUUGUAGUACGAUUAUAUGCGCGACCCGACGCUAUCAGAAGAGGAUCCGGGGACUAUGCUCUCCAUAUAACAAAGAGAUUAAUAGAGUUUUAUGAAGACUACUUUCAAGUGCCCUACUCCUUGCCCAAACUAGAUCUUUUAGCUGUGCCUAAGCAUCCGUAUGCUGCUAUGGAGAACUGGGGACUCAGUGUUUUUGUGGAACAGAGAAUACUACUGGAUCCCAGUGUGUCAUCUCUUUCUUACCUGCUGGAUGUCACCAUGGUCAUUGUUCAUGAGAUAUGUCACCAGUGGUUUGGUGACCUCGUGACUCCCGUGUGGUGGGAAGACGUGUGGCUGAAGGAAGGCUUUGCUCACUACUUUGAAUUUGUUGGUACAGACUACCUCUACCCUGGCUGGAACAUGGAAAAACAGAGGUUUCUGACGGAUGUUCUGCACGAAGUGAUGCUGCUUGAUGGUUUGGCCAGUUCCCAUCCAGUAUCACAGGAAGUGCUACAGGCAACCGACAUUGACAGGGUGUUUGACUGGAUCGCAUAUAAAAAGGGUGCUGCUUUAAUUAGAAUGCUGGCAAAUUUUAUGGGCCAUUCAGUAUUUCAGAGGGGUUUGCAAGAUUAUUUAACCAUUCAUAAGUAUGGCAAUGCAGCCAGAAAUGAUCUCUGGAAUACACUAUCAGAGGCUUUAAAAAGGAAUGGGAAAUAUGUAAAUAUACAAGAAGUAAUGGACCAGUGGACACUCCAGAUGGGUUAUCCUGUUAUCACCAUCUUGGGAAAUGCCACAGCAGAAAAUUGGAUAAUAAUUACCCAACAACAUUUUAUUUAUGACAUCAGUGCUAAAAAUAAAGCACUUGCACCUCAAAAUAACAGUUACCUGUGGCAGAUUCCAUUAACUAUUGUGGUAGGAAAUAGAAGCCAUAUGUCUCCAGAAGCAAUUAUUUGGGUAUCUAACAAAUCAGAGCACCACAGACUAACUUCUUUGGACAAAGGAAGCUGGUUGCUUGGAAACAUCAAUCAAACUGGCUAUUUUAGAGUCAACUAUGAUUUAAGGAAUUGGAGAUUAUUAAUUGAUCAAUUAAUCAGGAACCAUGAGGUUCUCUCUGUCAGUAAUCGAGCAGGCUUGAUCGAUGAUGCCUUCAGCUUAGCCAGAGCUGGCUAUUUGCCUCAGAAUAUUCCCCUGGAGAUUAUCAGAUAUCUGUCUGAGGAGAAGGAUUUUCUUCCUUGGCAUGCUGCCAGCAGAGCUCUUUAUCCUCUGGAUAAAUUACUGGACCGCAUGGAGAAAUACAAUGUCUUCAAUGAAUAUAUUUUAAAGCAAGUUGCGGCAACAUACAUCAAGCUUGGAUGGCCAAAAAACAGUUUUAAUGGAUCUCUUGUUCAAGCAUCCUACCAACAUGAAGAACUCCGUCGGGAAGUUAUAAUGCUGGCCUGCAGCUUUGGCAAUAAGCACUGUCACCAACAGGCAUCGACACUUAUUUCAGAUUGGAUUUCCAGCAACAGAAACAGAAUACCACUAAAUGUCAGAGACAUCGUCUACUGUACCGGAGUUUCACUGCUGGAUGAGGAUGUCUGGGAAUUCAUAUGGAUGAAAUUCCACUCCACCACGGCAGUUUCUGAGAAGAAAAUACUAUUAGAAGCCUUAACUUGCAGUGAUGACAGGAAUUUAUUAAAUAGGCUUCUGAAUCUGUCACUGAAUUCUGAGGUAGUGCUGGAUCAAGAUGCAAUUGACGUCAUAAUCCAUGUAGCUCGAAAUCCACAUGGCCGGGACCUUGCUUGGAAGUUUUUUAGAGAUAAGUGGAAGAUAUUGAAUACCAGGUAUGGAGAAGCAUUAUUUAUGAAUUCCAAACUUAUCAGUGGAGUUACAGAAUUUCUUAAUACUGAAGGUGAACUCAAAGAGCUAAAGAACUUCAUGAAGAACUAUGAUGGAGUAGCCGCUGCCUCUUUCUCAAGAGCUGUGGAAACCGUCGAAGCCAAUGUGCGCUGGAAAAUGCUUUACCAAGAUGAGCUUUUCCAAUGGUUAGGGAAAGCUGUGAGGCACUAA